UGGGUGAGUGGAAGCCAGUGGAGGGAAUGGCAGAGAGGGGUGGAGGACACUGAAUGGAGGCCAGUGGAUGGAUUGACAGAGAGGGGUGGAGGACACUGAAUGGAGGCCAGUGGAGGGAUUGGCAGAGAGGGGUGGAGGUCACUGAAUGGAGGCCAGUGGAGGGAUUAGCAGAGAGGGAUGGAGAACACUGAGUGGAGGCCAUUGGAGGGAUUGGCAGAGAGGGGUGGAGGACACUGAGUGGAGGCCAGUGGUGGGAUUGGCAGAGAGGGGUGGAGGUCACUGAGUGGAGGCCAGUGGAGGGAUUGGCAGACAGAGGUGGAGGACACUGAAUGGAGGCCAGUGGAGGGAUUGGCAGAGAGGGGUGGAGGACACUGAAUGGAGGCCAGUGGAGGGAUUGGCAGACAGAGGUGGAGGACACUGAAUGGAGGCCAGUGGAGGGAUUGGCAGAGAGGGGUGGAGGACACUGAAUGGAGGCCAGUGGAGGGAUUUGCAGAGAGGGAUGGAGGACACUGCGUGGAGGUCAGUGGAGGGAUUGGCAGAGAGGGAUGGAGGACACUGCGUGGAAGCCAGUGGAGGGAUUGGCAGAGAGGGAUGGAGGACAUUGAGUGGAGGCCAGUGGAGGGAUUGGCAGAGAGGGGUGGAGGACACUGCGUGGAGGUCAGUGGAGGGAUUGGUAGAGAGGGAUGGAGGACACUGAGUGGAGGUCAGUGGAAGGAUUGGCAGAGAGGGGUGGAGGACACUGAAUGGAGGCCAGUGGAGGGAUUGGCAGAGAAGGGUGGAGGACACUGAGUGGAGACCAGUGGAGGGAUUAGCAGAGAGGGGUGGAGGACACUGAGUGGAGACCAGUGGAGGGAUUGGCAGAGAGGGGUGGAGGUCACUGAGAGG